GGAGGGGCCGGGGUCAUGGUGGUGGAAGGGGAGCGGACGCUGCUGGCCGCCAGGCAGGGCGACGUGCAGACUCUCAAAGUGCAAUUAGCGGCGAAGGCGCUCACCAACGACGUGAAGGACGCGCUGGGGGCCUCGCCGGCGCACCACGCAGCGCGGGCGGGCAAGCUGGCUUGUCUGCGGUUCUUAGUGGAGGAGGCCGGGCUGCCGGGUCACUGUCUGGCCAACAACGGGGCAAGUCCGGCGCACGACGCAGCAGCCACCGGCAACCUGGCGUGCUUGCAGUGGCUGCUGACCCACGGUGGAUGUCGGCCACAGGACAAGGACAGUUCUGGUGCCACCGUUCUCCACCUUGCCUCCCGCUUCAGUCAUCACGAGAUCACAGAUUGGCUGCUCAAGAGCGGGGAGGCAGACCCUGGGGCCCCCACCGACACAGGGGCCCUACCUGUUCACUACGCUGCUGCCAAGGGAGACCUGUCCUCGCUCCGACUGCUACUGGGGCACAGCUCAAAUUUUGUCAACUCCCAAACUAAGAAUGGUGCCACACCGCUCUACCUGGCCUGCCAGGAGGGCCAUUUGGAGGUGAUCCAGUACCUGGUCAAAGACUGUGGAGCUGAUCCACUCAUAAGGGCCAAUGAUGGGAUGACACCCCUGCAUGCUGCUUCCCAGAUGGGCCACAAUACUGUCAUUGUCUGGCUGAUGAGUUUCACAGAGAUCAGCCUGAUGGACAAGGAUGGCGAUGGGGCCACAGCCAUGCACUUUGCUGCCAGUCGCGGUCAUGCAAAAGUUCUCAGCUGGUUGCUGCUGCACGGCGGCGAAAUAGUCACUGACAACUGGGGAGGGACCCCUCUUCAUGACGCUGCAGAGAACGGCGAACUGGAGUGCUGUCAGAUUCUGGUGGUCAAUGGGGUGGAUCUGGCCAUCAGCGAUCAGGAUGGUUUCACAGGGGCUGACCUGGCUGAAUACAACGGACACUUUCAAUGUGCCAAGUAUUUGCGCACUGUUGAGAAUAUGAGUGUGGAGCAUCGUGUUUUGUCUCGGGACCCCUCACAAGACCUUGAGUACAAGCAACCAGAGAACAAGCAGCCAGAUUCUGGCCUCUCUUCCCCAAACACCACAAUGCCCCCCGUCAGCCAAGCAGCACACUUUGAUAUUAGUUCCCCAUCCAGCUCCUUGUCCAACUACGACUCAGCCAACUCCAGCCAGUCCAGCACCGGGGAGAAGAGGAGCAGCUUAACAUUGUCCCGGGGCCCACAGCUGAACACAGUGGCAAACACAGGCGCAUCACAGACAGCCAUUUCUGAUAUGCAGGCAUACAUGGACAUGCUAAACCCAGACUUGGAUCCCGACAGGCCCAAGAAAGGUCACUCUGAUUCUGAUCCAGAGCUACCGCCUCCACCCACAUAUCCACCCCCGCCUCCACCGCAUUCCCCCCCGCUUCCUCCUCCGCCUCCGGGCUAUCCAGCACCGAAGCCCCCCCAGGAACCGUCGUCGGCUGAGUUUCUGAAGGUGAAGAGCAACUUGCGCCACGUGGACGGCAACGGCAAAAAGGAGCAGCUAACGGUGGGUGAAAACCACGACAAUUUGCGACGGGCGGACUCGAACAGGAAGUCUAGGAGCUUCAGUAAGCAGCCGAGCACUGGGGACUACUACAAGACCCUCGGGAGUGACACCGUCGAGCUCCGUGGGAGCAAAGACAUGGCACCGAAGGACGAGGGCACUGUGCUGUUGGAGGAGCCUGCUGAUGGCUCCAAUCCCACACCUGAAAAUGGUACCACAGAGGAAACAAUCCCAGCUCCUCCUCCACCACCACCACCUCCCCCAAGCAAUCCGACGCCAACGCCUCCGCCGCCUCCUCCGUUGCCGCCAGACACACAGAAAAACCAGAAUGAUUUGGCGAACAACAAACAGCGCCGCGCAUCUUCCUCAUCAGGAAGCGGGGGUGCACCACGGCAGAAGAAGAGUACAAAAUCAUUCAACAUGAUGUCCCCCACUGGUGACAAUUCUGAGCUACUGGCAGAAAUCAAAGCGGGAAAGAGCCUCAAGCCCACACCUCAUAGUAAAGGCUAUACCACUGUCUUUUCCAACAGUGGACCACCAGGCAACAAUGAAAACACUAUAUCUCCACCACAAACACGUGCUUCUAGCCCGCCACCCAAGACGUCAUCUUCUCCUGUGUCUAAUGCAUCGGUCUUCUCCCCACCUACAACACCAAGUCCUGUACCUAGUCCACCUGGCUCUGGAACAUCAAGGACCUUGUCAGCAUCGGCCAGUUUCGAGCAACUUCCCUUAAAUUCUGUAAUCAAUGGAGGCGGUGUUGUGGGCACAGGAGGAGCACAAUCAGGCCGAAAGUCAAGCCUUGCAGAUGUUGAGGUUCUGGUGCCCACUCAUGAUGAGCAAGGAAAAGCUAUCCCUGAAUGGAAGAGGCAGGUGAUGGUACGAAAGCUUCAGGUCAAGAUGCAAGAGGAGGACGAGCACAAACGCAAGGCUGACGAGGAGGCGGCACGUCUGGCAUCGAUGCCCGCCUGGAGGAGAGACAUGAUGAAGAAGAAAAUGAACGAAGAGAGAUGUGACAGGGAACAAAAGAGAAAAGCGGAGGAGAAGGCCAAACAGGUCAAAGAGAUGGAGGAGAAGACAGAGCAAGACCGAUUAAGAACCCUGGGCUACGAUGAGACCAAGCUGGCCCCCUGGCAGCGACAGAUCAUCCUGAAGAAAGGGGACAUAGCCAAACAGUGACCCGGCCUUCCAUACUCCUCCUCCUCUGCUGCCGCCCAUCACAACAUCCUCUCAUAUACUCCACACUCAUGGCCUUCACUGAUUGCUCCUCCCUCCUCGAUACUUAUUCCCAGCCUCCAUUCACACAGGACCUUGCUGGGGUUGCCGCCUCCAUGGUGGUGGCUCAUUUUCAAAGUCUCAUGGAGAAACAAACAAUAGUGUAGCUUUGGCAUGCACUGGUUGCCCUUUACGUAAGACCACUUCUUUUAACUGCAUGUGUCCUUAAUUCCGAUACUUGUAGUUGUACUUAUACGGACAGUGGGUGACAAGUAAAAGGGGCUAUUUGUGAGCAUUGUUGCCACGGAAAUUAGGCAAAGAGCUGUUAUAUUUGUUUUGUACAGUAGCCACGAUCACGGUUAUGCAAACAAUGGUAAGUUAGUAGGUUUCUUUUUCUAUACUAAACAAAUCUCCUAUCAUCGCCACCCUUUUGUGUAAAGCUCAAAAAUGUGCAUUCUUCACAUUUCUGCCAUAGUUAUCUUAUAAAGCAAUAUGUUUAUUCACUUUGCCGAAAAUCAAUGUCCACAUUAUUAGCAAAUCAAAAUGUUCUUAAUCAGCGAUGGAAAAAUUAAAAUGUCCCAUCGUUCGUAAUGAAUUUAUCAAUAUGUGUUAAUCUAUACUGUGGUCAUGAAUGUUGUAUAAUGUGUAUCAAGCGUAUACUGUAUAAACUAUUUGCCUGACCCAGAUAUUCUGUAAGAAAAACAAAACAAAUCAAGCAGAGAAAUGCAAAAGUGCAAGAAUUUCUUGAUGUUUUUCUUUUUCAAAAUGUCACAAAUGUUUACUGCUAUAUGUCAGAUGUACAGAAUGUUAUGAAGAUACAAUAAUGUCGUCAGCGACAACAGAUCUCGUCGUCGAGGGGAGUCCAUUGGAAAUAAUGAUUUGCUUUCAUCGGAUGCCAUAUGAUGUUGAAAUUGAAAAUGAUGUAAACGUCAUUGCCAUUUGAUUUUUCUAUACAUAUACACUUUGUACAUAGUCACCCUAUAUAAAUAUGAUUAUUCCAUUGUUUGCGUACUGCAUCUCAGCCUUGAUUGAAUAGAACGUUGGCUAAUUCAAGCAUCAUUUUGUUUUCAGACUGUUAAAAAUGAAAGGAAAUAAAUCGUAAUAACCAAACUGAUUAGAAUGGGUAUUUAUUGUGAGCACACUUGUCUAAUAUUAUUACUUUACUAAAUACUAUUUAACAGGCAGGACAUACAUUUAAUGAUUCAAUUGACCACGGUUUACUUGACAAUAAUUCAUUCUUAAAUUCCUGAGUACAGUUUGAUCCUUGUGACAUUUACCAUGAACUUGCAGUACAUGCUAUUCCAAAUGGUUUAUUUGUGUUUCUGUAAUUGAGUAGUUCUUGUAUAUUUUAUUUUAUUUGCUAUUACAUUUUUUAAUUGUACCUUUACCUGAAAAUGUC